GGCGGAGGGGGCGGGGUUGCAUGUUGCGCUCGAAGGGGAAAGCGAGGGGAAAGGGCGGCAGGGACGCGGAGAGAUGGCAGCGGGGCACUUGCCGCAGUUGUGGGGCGCCCUGGGGCUGAGCCGAGGGGCGCUGGCGAGCCGCCUCACCCCGCUCCGCCCUCUGGGCCUGCUCCUGCCCCCGCAGCCUCGCUGGCUGCUGCUCUCCUCCAGCCGCGGGGCGGGCAGCGACGGAGGGCUGGAGGCGAACCCUUUCUUCGAGAAGUACCAAAGCAAGAUCGAGGACCUGCGCAGAUCCAACCCAGAUAUUUUUGAAUCUCGAAUGGAGAAAAGGGAUGAUGUGAAAAAACAGCCAGUUGGACAUUCAAAGCAAGCAGAGUUUAUCAAAUACAUGGAGGAAAAGGCCAAAGAAGGAAAAGAAACAAAAAAGGGAUUCACAAAAAACAAGACACUUGAUUCCAUACUUAAUGUUGAGAUGAUGAAACAGAAGAAACCUGAAGACAUAAAACAGAUAUGGAAGCAAUAUUACUCUGGGGAAGACACCGUUUAUGCUGUUAUUCCAGGGAAGACUUUUGAUUUGAUGUGGAAACGAAUUCAGAACUGCCCCGCUUUUCUUUAUGCACUGCCGAGGAAGGAGGGAUAUGAGUUUUUUGUUGGUCAGUGGUCAGGAGCCGAACUCCAUUUCACUUCUCUGAUAAAUAUUCAGACACGGGGUGAAGCUGCUCCCAGUCAGAUGAUCUUGUAUCAUUAUCCCGAGCUUCAAGAAGAAAAGGGAAUUGUACUGAUGACAGCAGAAAUGGAUUCUAAACAUUUGAGUGUGCAAGAAGCCCAGUGCCUUGCCAGCCAAGUGCAGCUUUUUUAUGCCACAGACCGUCAAGAGGUCUACCAGUUGGUGGAAACAUUCAACCACCAGCCAGCAGAAUUUAAGUACAUGUCUGUAAUUGCUGAACUUGAGCACAGCAAAGUUGGGGAUGAACUGAGGCCUCAGGAAGAGCCGCCGUCACCUUCGGCUUAAGAGAGUCAGUACUCAAGAGCAGAGAUGAUAGACGGGGCAAGUGAUUCUGCCUUGGAUCUGAAGUGCCACCUCAUGCAGAAAUAAUCCAAAUGGGGAGGGGUGAGAUCAGCAUCUGAUGGGGAGAAUAGAUUUAUGAAUUGGUGCAGCCUCUAGCACUGCCACAUUUCUAUCUGAAUGGUAGAGGAAACGAGGAGUCGGCUUUCAUGCUCACCACAUUUCUUCUCCCCUAUUGUGCACACUUCAGCGACUUUUCAAAUUUAUGGAGAUUCUCAAUAUCAGCAAGGAAGGAGAAUUGGAGAUAGGAACCAGAAGAGACUAGAUGUGGUGAGUUCCUAAACACAAACAUGUGGUUAAAAAAAAAAAAAGAGAGAUAUAGCAUCAUUGUUGUACAUGAAGUUUUGCUGCUUGAGUAAAAAGUACAAUUUCCCUCACCAUAAGGCUUAAAAAUAAUAAUAAAGAAUUAAGAAUAGCAAAAGAACACUUUGGGAAUUCUCUUGAGCAUGGCUAAUCAUAACAAUUGUUCUUUAUGCAACAACUAUAACUAUUAACUGUUGAUUAGAGAUUGUCCCCUAGAAAAAAAAAGUAUUGAAUGUGUACUACAAUGUUGCCUAUCAUACGUAGGUGUGGGUAAACGGUUGUAUUUAUUUUCUAAAAUGACAGGUUUUGUUUCCUACCAAUGAGAAUCAUAAAGAUUCUGUUUGAAUAACAAACAUGCACAAACAUACAAUCCUUUGUGAAGCAAGAGAAAUCUCUUGUUUUUUUGUUUUCUCCCUCCUUAACUGCAUUUCUGAAAUGGGUGAAAUCCAUGUCCUUAGUUCAGGCAUGGCAAACUUCAGCCCUCCAGGUGUUUUGGACUUAAACUCCCACAAUUCCUAACAGUCAGUAAGCUAGCUGGGAUUUCUGGGAAUUGAAGUUUGCCCAUGCCUGCCUUCAAUGAUUUGUUUCUGAAGCUAAUAUGAGUGGGAAGGAGACAUUGAGCAAGUUCAGGAAAUCCUGGCUACUAAUGAGCUUGAUAUUGCACAGAUUGGACUUGACUUUGUAGCCAUGUAAUGCCGAUUCUGUUGUUAAACUUAGUUUAGUAAUGACUAUCAGUCCCCUACCUACAUUGUAAACAGCCCAUGAUAGCUAAUAUGGGCAAGCAAGGAUCAUGGAAAAAAUAUUUGCAAUCUUGAGACUAUAUUCUCAAACUGAAGUUUUGAGUUUGAAUCUUGCACUCCAUGCCCAUACCUAUCUACAAUAUUUCUCAUGCUGGAUACAGAGACAAGAAAAUCUCCCCUUUUUCUUCUAUUGAGGUAAAUGAUUUCGUUAUAUGAUUUUUUAUAUAUGCGCUUGAAUAACUUUACAUAUUUUUUCAUUCUCUGAAAACCAAAGUAUUAUAUAAUAACUUUGAGGCACCUUGAAUGGAAAACAGUUAAUUGCUGAAUCAUGUGUGACAUUUGAUUUUCAAAGCUAUAUGCAUUUAUAUAUUAAUAAACGUUGUUUGGAACAAAA